CAGGAAUUCGCAACCCUUACAAAGGAGCUGAGCCAGGCUAGAGAAAAUCUCCUGGAGAGGGAAGAAGAAAUCCAAGAACUGAAGGCUGAGAGAAACAACACCCGGCUCCUUUUAGAACACCUGGAGUGCCUUGUGGCUCGACACGAACGAUCCCUUAGGAUGACAGUUGUGAAACGGCAAGCAGCAGCCCAGUCUGUAGUUUCCUCUGAAGUAGAAGUGUUGAAAGCUCUCAAGAGUCUGUUUGAACACCACAAAGCCCUAGACGAAAAGGUUCGAGAAAGGUUAAGGGUAGCUUUAGAAAGAAAUACAACGUUAGAGGAAGAACUUCAAAACACCAAAGAUGAAUUACAACAGUUUAAGACAGGAAACGUGCCACCUUCGGGAGAUAUCGACAACAAACCCAAAGAAAACGGAAUACAAGAUGGAGAAAACAAGCCAACACCUCAGCAGCAACAGCAACAACUCCAGUCGGUGUCAAAUGGGUCUAUAGAAACGGAAACAGAAAAGUCUGAAACUCAACUCGCUAUUGAUAAGCAGAAUCAAGAAAUAUCAAGAUGGGAAAGGAAAGUUGGUGAAUUAACAGGCCGGGUAUCUGAACUUGAAGACAAUUUAAGUAAAGCACAAAGGGAACUCAGCCGAGCUCAAGAUACAAAUUCGAAAUUGCAGCGAGAUCUAAGAGAAAAUGUUGCUCAAAAAGAAGAUCAGGAAGAGAGGAUAGCUACUCUUGAAAAGAGGUAUCUAAAUGCACAGCGAGAGUCAACAUCACUGCACGACCUUAACGAAAAGCUUGAGCAAGAAUUACAGCAUAAAGAAGCACAACUCAAGCUUCAAGAAGAUAAAAUACGAGCUCUUCAAGAGAAGCUUGAGUUGUGUGAACAAAAGUUGGCUCAGUUUGCCAAAUUGCCAGAAAUGGAAGAAGAAUUGCGGGCAAGGAUGGCAGCAUUGUCCCAGGCCCAAGAAAGGCAUGGUACUGCUGAAGAUCGAAUACAAAGGUUAGAAGCACAGGUUGAAGAAAAGAAUACUGAACUUGUCAGACUCAAUCAGAGACUAAAAAUGAAUGAAGAACACAACACACGUCUCUCAUCGACAGUUGACAAGCUUUUGUCAGAAUCUAAUGAAAGACUCCAAGUUCAUCUGAAAGAAAGAAUGCAUGCACUGGAAGAGAAAAAUGCCCUUACUCAAGAGCUAGAAAAAACUAGGAAAAUAAUGGAAGAUCUACAGUGUGAGAAGGCUGAUAUUAUGAAGGAAUUAAGUAAAUCCAGAUUAGAAAUUGAUAGUGUGAAACGCCAGAUGCUUCAACAGGAAAUAGCAUUUAAUAUUCAACAAACGGAUGCACUUACAAGGAGUCUUUCGCCGAGUGCAGGUGAUGGAGGAUUCGUCCACAGUACUAGCCAUCCUAGCUUUGAUUCUCAUUCGCUUCCAAGAAGAGCUCUUAAAUCUAGAAUGGUCCUUCAAGAUAAUUCCGUUCAGGACUGGGAGAAAGACGUUCUUCAACAGGGUUACGAAUGUAGUGACGUUGACGCUGAUGACAAUGAAAGUUUAUUCAGCGGCGCUGAGAUCCUUUCCCCAACUGGUCAUACCGAUGCCCAGACCCUGGCUCUAAUGCUCCAAGAACAACUUGAUGCCAUUAAUAAUGAAAUAAGACUGAUCCAAGAAGAGAAACAGAGCACAGAGGCCAGGGCAGAAGAAUUAGAAUCAAGAGUGGGAAGCCUUGAGCACAUGAACCUAGUCGCGAGAGGAAGGACUUUAGACCGUGGAUCACCUCCGCUUUCUGGAAGAUCUACACCUAAGUCACCCCACCGAGACUAUCUCCAUAAGUAUCAUACGUUGCAGCUGGCGCAGCUUUCUAGUGAAUUGUCAGAUGAAUUGCAAUCUUUGGGCGGUGGUGAAAGCAGUGGUGCUGCGAGUCCCCUCACCGCAAGAUCCCUGAGGCUGGAGCGUGUCGCUCAGGCUUUGGCGCACAGCCAAGAAGAACUCAGAAGAAAAACUGGUAUGAACUCAUUAACAUCUGUUGGUGGUGGUUAUGGUGGUCAGGCUACUCUUAGGCCGAGCGGGUUCUCAACACCCCCUUCCCCUCUGUCCUCUCGACACAGUUCGCAGGACUCUCUGCACAAGCACACGUUAGCUUCGAGUGCCAUCCAGCAGCCUACCUACUCAACAGCAUGUGCUGUAGCCAGCCAGCAGCACAAGAAGAAGGGCAUCAAGUCAUCUCUUGGAAGAUUCUUUAGUAAAAAGGAGAAGGUUAAAGGUAAGGAAGUUGGACAAGAAACUGUUACAAUGUCUUCAUCGAUGGGAGAAGCAGAUUUUGCAGCUGACAGUGCCUCACUAGGUGGUAAUAUUGGUCAACGUGCUGACCUCGAUAGAAGAAAGAAAAAGAAUUGUGUUAGACAAGAGUUGUUGGCAGAAUCAAUGAAAGCUGGUACACCAUUUGCCCUGUGGAAUGGUCCUACAAUUGUAGCCUGGUUAGAAUUGUGGGUUGGGAUGCCGGCUUGGUACGUUGCUGCUUGUCGAGCAAAUGUAAAAUCAGGAGCCAUCAUGAGUGCUCUUUCUGACACAGAAAUUCAGAGAGAAAUCGGAAUCAGUAAUCCUCUGCAUCGGCUAAAAUUACGCCUUGCCAUUCAAGAAAUGGUUUCAUUGACGAGUCCUUCAGCUCCCAAGACUUCUAGAACUACUCUCGCCUUUGGCGACAUGAAUCAUGAAUGGAUAGGUAAUGUCUGGCUCCCUUCUCUGGGACUCCCACAGUACCGUACUACAUUCAUGGAAAGUCUCGUUGAUGCUAGGAUGCUCGACCACUUGACUAAGAAAGAUCUGAGAGGGCAGUUAAAGAUGGUUGAUAGUUUCCACAGGACCAGCCUUCAGUUUGGUAUAUCAUGCCUCAAACGGGUUAACUACGAUAGGAAACAGCUUGAGGAGAGAAGAAGAAAUUGUGAAAAUGAGCUAUCUGAUGUUCUCGUUUGGUCUAACGAAAGAGUGAUGAGAUGGAUCUCAUCGAUAGGCCUCAAGGAUUAUGCAGUUCAUCUCACUGAGUCUGGGGUCCAUGGAGCAUUGAUAGCUUUAGAUGAAAGUUUUGACCACAACAGUAUGGCUCUUGCUUUACAAAUUCCAACACAAAAUACCCAAGUUCGGCAGUUGUUGGAAGUUGAAUUUAACAACUUGUUGUCAGUCGCAACAGAGAGGAGGUUGGAACAGGACAUGAAAUCCUGAUACGCAAUACCAUAGGCUUUCCAUUACGGAGGAGACUUAAAUCAUCCAAAUGAUGGCCUAAAUAGAUAACGGUUUGUUUAAGCUUCCAACCAGAGCUCUUCGCAGCUACGUUAAAGACCCUUAAUUUAUGACUGCAAGGUAGCCAAAGAUUAAUACCAAGUGAUUGGCUUUUUAACCAAAUAAAAGAAAAACUGCAAAAAAUAAAGAAAAAGCUCAUAGGCUUUUUUGAUACCAAUAGUAUGUAAGUGUUAACAUCUAAUAACUGUCUUAUGUUAAAAGUGUUAUCGAUAUUUGUGGAUGUUACCUGUAUAUAAUGAGAUCCAAAUGGAAAACUUGCUUCACUUACCAUUAUAUUAUUAACUAGUCGAAAAACUACUUUGUCAUUCAUUAGACUACCUCCUUAAGCUAUUUCAUUUUUAAUUAUAAUCUUCUGACCAGCUUUAAAUAUUUAUAAAAUGUAAAGCUAGAAAAAAAAAAACGUACAAAACUUCCAAAAGCCUCCUUAAAGUGUACAAUUGUAAAAUCUUAUAUUUAUUAUAAGUGUAAACUGAGAGGCUUUUAAUUAAUGUCUAUAAAAUAAUGUUAAUGACAAUACUUGACUGUUACGCUAUGUCUGACUGUUAUGUUUUUCUUCCAUCGGGAUCACAUAGACUAAUGCGCGGCUUCAAUAAGUAUGCAGUGUUUUGUAUAGCCUAAUAUAGUAUGACAUUUUUUACAUAUCGCCUUUAUUCACUUUUGUAGCUUAUAUCCAAGUUGUCACUUUUAAAAAAAUAGUUGUUUAAUUUAUUUUUCUUGAUUAUAAACAGCAUAAGUCACCAAGUAUUAUUUAUCUAUUAUUUAAGAUUAAUUGAACUAAUCUUGAUUUAGCUUUUGUGUUUCAUUUAAAUGGUGAUUUGAAUUAUAAGCUUUGUGACAAGUGUACAUUACUGUAAAUUUCAGGAGUGUAACAUUCCGCUUUGUUACAUAGCUUUAGGUAUAUUUAUUGAAAUAAGUAUAUAUAUUAUAUAUAUAUAAAUAUAUAAAUAGAUUUGUACAUUGAAACUGUGAACAUAUAAUUUGCGUUUUUCGCAAAUAUUGUUGGUGUUAUAUACAUAUAAAUAUAUAUAUAUUAACUUAGUAUAAUUUUUGGCUGUUAUUGUUAGUAAAUUAUAGUAAUGUAUGAUUUUCACACCAAAUACACUUGGUUUUUAUAUAACACGUCGACAAUAGGCACAGCCCAUUGAGAAUAUAAUGUGAAAAUGGUCAUAUUUGAGUUAAUGACUGUUAAUAAUAAAUAUUUGAGAUGAGGGGGCCAUCAAGUGGUACUUUCACUAAUUGUAAAUAUAAGCCAGAAGUCAUCACGAACUUGUAGUAGAUCUACUUUUUGUCGAUGGCAGAGUCCUAUAUGUUUAGAAAAUGUACUUCUAUCUAAGUGUUCCACUCUUCAUCAACUCAUUUUUUAUAAUUAUUUUACUGUUAUUUUUAUGAAAAUAGUGUUUUAUUGUUAAUUGUUUCUGUGUUACCUCUCGUGAGUGUAGUAGUAUAACAAUAUUCAUAGUCCUUAUUUCCUAUUCAAAAUUGAUAAAAUCAAAAUUAAUGUCAUAUUUUUUUUUUUAAUUUAUUAGUAUAUACAAAAUUCUUAAACACCUCAUUUUUAGAUUUUAUUUUCAAAAAAUUAGAUAUUCAAUUGUUGCCUUGUGUGUGAAACAUUGAAGAAGAGUUAAGAAGGCUAUAAUUUAAAAAAAAAAUUAUAUAUAUUAAUUAUAUGGAAAAAUGUAUAUCCUUCCAUCGUUGGCUUUUUAUAUCCUCAACAGUAGAUGUAAUAACUGCUAUGAAUUCUGCUUGUAAAUCAUGGAAAUAAAACGUAUAUAUAUAAAUAUAUCCAACUUAUAAACAAAUCAUUUCUAGCUGAAGUACAUUAUUCUUCGAGAAACUGUAUAACGACAGUAUUAAAACAAUAUUUAUGGAAAGAUAUAUAUAUAUAUAUUAUAAUCAGCAUAUACAGGGUAAUUCACUUUAACAUUUACUAUUAGAUUGAAUAGUUUAUUUUAUUUUACAAAGGGGAUAUGAAAGUGAUUCAUUUGAGCGCGCACUGGCAUUACCCUCAUGGUACAAGUUAAAAUGAAUGAUCCUGUAUAAAUCUAAAAUAUCUUUUGCAUUGUUUACAAAUUUAGUAUAAGUUUUCAACUGACACUAGUGAAAUAUUUUCCUUUUCAGGAUUUUUAUUUCAAUUAGGAAUAAAUGACAAUUGUUAUCAAAACAUAAAUGUGAAUAAAAAAAACAAUGUUAAUC